GCAAGAAUUUUAAGGUCUGUGCGACAAAGAAAAUUGUUGUGUUAAUUAUUCUGUGCUGGGUUUCACUCGGGUAAAAGCUGUGGAAUAGGAAUGGCGGCUGUUUUUGUCAUCUUCUGUUGGACUAUAGUGUCUCUAGCGCUGCCUGUUACACCAAACGGGGAUGAUUUUAAUGGGCACUUUACAGCGUACUCUCCAGGAAUCAUACAAGAUGUCUGGCAUAUUCCUGCCGCUGUAGCACAUUUCCUGAAUGAAGUUCCUCAGACUCACGAUUUUGAUGAAUUUGCAUCGGUGUUUCCAAUGCCAUAUGAUAUACAGGCUCUUCUGGACAGAAGAAACAGUUUUUCAUUUAGGAUCAUGAAUUCUUCUUGGAGUGGUCCAGCGGAUACUAAUGUGUUCCACAGAGGAGAUCAGUUGUAUCUGCAGGUGUCUGCCUCCCCUGGACUGGGUCAAAAGCUUUAUGUUCAGUCCUGCCAUGCUUCCUCUUCUCCAAACCAUGCUGACAAACCUGAAGUCGCCCUUAUCAUCAACAAAGGAUGUGUGGCGUCCAAAGAGUCUUUGGUGAAGUUUGUGAUGCAACAGCCUGACAGAGUGAAUUUGAUUGUUCGUACAUCCAGUUUGAAGUCUUCUGAGAGUUACAUUCACUGUGGAGUCUAUCUUACUAAUUUGGGUGUCACCCCUACCACUAAAUUCUGCAACUACAACAAACUGAAAUCCAAAUGGGUUGACCUGGGUGGACAAUCUUCAGUAUGUGAUUGUUGUGGGAGAAGGUGCAGAAACAUAAUUGAGCGAGUAGAACUGCCUGUUUCUCUAGACCUGACCGCAGUAGUAAGCACAGGCCCGCUGGUACUCAAGGAUCAAGAAUCUGCUCCACAGGCCACACCACUGACUCUGUCUGACUACAGCGCACAGUCCACCUCUACAGCCAGAGAUGGCUCUGAUAAAAGCUGGAUCAUGGCAGGUACCUCUUUCUCUGGGAGCUCAAUGCAAAACGUUGGCAAGGUCUCCCCCUGGCCUGUCCAGCAUGGCUUUGGUGGGGUGAUGGUCGUCAGCAAGGGCCUGGAAGGUGAUUUAUCAAUGUGGCUACCAGACAUCAUUGAGCUUGAGUUUAACCCAGUGGUGCAGAUGGGGACUGGUUAUCCAGAAAAUCCUGUUGAUAUAACUUUUCAAAAUGCUGAACACUUUAGGAAGCUGAGACCAGAUGAAAGCACUGUUGAGAGGAGUCAGGCAGUUGCUGUGGAUUCACAUGAUGUUGUAAAGGACUGGUUGGACAUGUGGCAUCUUAAUGAUGUUGACCACUUGCAUAAAAUUCAGGAAAAACCUGUUUUGACUUCAGCGGAUUAUCUAGAGCAGCCUCAACUGCAUCUUGAAUCUGAAUUUGACUUUCCUCCAAAUGACCAGCCCCUGAUCAGCCCUACUUCAGAUAAGCUCUCUGAGAGUGCUGAGGAUGAGGGAGAUGUUGUUUUCAGACAGGCCGAGAUCAUCUUUAAUGGCCCUAAAGGAGCCAAAUUAUCAGAGCCAGUUCACUACUCUAAACUGAGUCUGAAUCAAGCUGCAGAUGGAUCCAGUAUUCUCAACUAUGAGGAACAGAAGAGGCCCAGCAAGAACAAACGGGACAAGAGGCCACAACUAGAGAAAAAUGGUGAGAAAAGCCCAAAGGCUGUGCGGAUGGAGGAUACCUCUAAAGUUAAAGACUUGGUUUCAUCCCUAUUGGAUCAACUGAGGAAACUGUGGACGGUGCAGUGACCUGUUUUUCUUCAUGAUUUGUGUGAUUUAACCAUGUAUUCUGUGUUAAAUAAAAGCUUUUUUUUCUGCCUUAAA